ACUGUGGUUUUCAAUUUCGCGGUGUAUACCGUACUUGUGAAUUUUUCAAUAAUUUGCGCGUUUCAGAUGACGUCUGUUUGUAUCAUCAAUAUUGUGAUUAUGUCUGUAAAGUGAAUGUUUCAAAAUAAUUUAAUGAUGGAAUGCACUCAGAGACUUGAGUACACGCAAGAUUUAUAUGGGAGUCAAACGGAGAAAAUUCCUAAUGAACAGUGUAUUUCAAGGCACCAUGCAGUGAUAAAUGUUUUGAACCACAACAGUUUCAUGAUCAUGGAUCUAGAUUCCACCUCCAAAACGAAGUUGUAUGGAAAAAAUCUAAAACCAUAUAUUCCACAUCCAUUACAAAACGGGGAUAUACUAGAAUUCGGGAACGUCGUCGGGAUAUUUAGAUUACUGGAAGAAGAAAGCGACUUGCCAAUGACGCAGGCCAUAGAUAUACCCGAAACUCCAGUUCAGACGAAAUUUUUGCCUAGGCCCUACAACACACAUACCGUAAUCCCUGAAUCACCUGACGUUAGUGAUCGAGAUGAUUCUCUCUUAACAGUAUCACAGCCAAAACAUAAACAGCUUAAAAACGAUAGUUUAAACGUACACAUGGCCGCAAUCGGUUUUGAUAAAACUGAAAAUACAAAUUGCAAAUCAGCAAAUAAAUCUAAUUCGAUACGCCUUUCUAUGAAUGAAUCAAGCACUGAACAACCAACCACUCCUAAUGGCCCUAGUUUUAACAAUAAAAACGAUAUUGAUGUCAUUAACAUACACGAUAUGGAAACACAGCCAACUUUUGCUAAGCCGAAUGAAGGGACCGAUAUAUUUACGGCAAACACAGAACAGAUAAAUAAAGAAAACUACGACCCAGACUCUAUACACAGUAUGAAUACUCAACUACCGUCGAAUCUAGAACGGCUACCGGCGUCAGCUCAGGUGUCGAAGAAUUUAAACCAAAACGGUGUGCAACUUAAUUUGUAUGCGACCAACGAAGUAACUGACGACAGUAUAUUUGAUGCUGCCACACAACUUAUUAUAACGGAAAUCGACCAAGAAUCCCCAAUAAAAAGAAAAGAAAAUUCCGAAGAAACCAACAAUAAUAAAGCCGCCGAUGAUUCGGUAAAGUCAAACGUAACUCUAGAAUUUGAAGAAAUAGACAGUGAAUUGUUAGAAGAGUCUUUCGAGUCUCAAUCACUUAUAGCUAACGAGAAAAUGAACAGUGUCUCUGAACACGCACACAAAGCACCGUGUUCUAGUGUGAGUAGAAAGAUGCGAAUAUUAUCAUACACUGAAAAAUUAAGCCAAUCGAAGAUCCCGGAGAAAAAUGAAGAUGAUGAUUCUACUGAUUGCGAGGAUAAUAACUGUAUUGAAUUAAAACAAUGCAGAUCGAAAUCACCAAUCAUAAAUAGCCCUACUACUGAAAAGGGAAAUAAAGCAACGGCACAUGUUCAAAGUAAAUUAAAUAGUAUCAACAAAGUGUGUUUCGAGGAAAUGCUUACUCAAGUCAUAGGAGAAGAAGAUGAAGUUCUAACACAAGUGAUAGAACUAGAAAGCCCAUCGAAAAAAGGUUUAAAUGACGAUAAUAUAGAAGAUGCGCCGACACAAAUAAUCCUUGAGGUCGAACCUAAGGGUGUAGCAGAAGAACCGCUCACUCAGCAGUAUUCUGAAGAAAUUAUUAGUCCCUUUAAAGUUCCGUUAAGGUUUAAGACGAAACCGUCGCUUGGCACUCCCAAAUCAAUUACAAUUGACAACAAAGCCGAAGUAGAUGAAACCAACGAUAAAUACUACCAAUCAACACAAGAUGUACUGAGCGACUUAUGCUCGCAAACAGACAAUUCUCCGACAAUUAUUAACAUAGAUAAAGAUAUAAUAAACAAUAAACAAAUAAAAAAAUUAGUGCUGGAAAAAUCUUCGAGCAGCAGCGAGAGCGAAGAUCGAGUUAACAAAUUCGUAACAAGCUUAACGAAGGAUCAAAUAACGAAUAUGAUCGGUGUAGACACCCAGGACAACUUGAAUAAAUCAACAGAUUCCUCGGACGUGGAUUGCACUCCUAAGAAAGUUAAGCCACUCAACAUCAUGGACGUAGAGCUACCGAACACACAAGAGAUAAAGGAGUGCUUAGGGAAAUGUACGAAUCAAAUUAUCGUCGAGUCUUCAAGCGAUUCCGAAAUCGAAAACUAUGCGGAAGAAUUAUGCGAUCCAUUUUUGUUAUUGAAAAGGAGAAAGAAAGAAACAAGCGCGAAAAUGAACUUAAACGAUAAGUUCGAAGAGUUGCCGACCAAAACCCGACGAACCCGCAAGCCCACUGCUAGACUACUAGAGUCUUGUGAAAACAAUAAAUCAAUCGACAUCAGUAUAACCGACUCGAAUAAUAGAACAAGAGGGAAUAAUUCAAUUAAAAAACCUAAACAAGAAAAAUCAAAGAAUAACAAAAGACAAAAGAAGGAAAGUAAAAAGAACACAUCAAGUACAAAAUUAAAAGUAAUUAAAUGUGAUGAUUCAAUGGAAGUUAAAGAACUAACGGAAAGUUCUCCAGGCAGCACCAAUGGGUCACGAGUUAAAAAAGAUAAUAAAAACAAACAAAAGAAAUUGGAAACAGCCGAAAGAGGUGGAAUAAAGCGCAACACUCGCGCCAAAAGCAAACUCGACACGGAGAACGAAUCCGAUCGAGAACGGACUAAACAAGAAAAUACUAGAAAAAAUGGACGUACCAAGGAGAAACGUGAUGUUUCCAUUGCUUCUAGAACAUCGGGAGUUGAAAGCGAAAACUACGAUGAAAAUUCUGCAGGGAAAACGAGAUUGGGGGCGUUUAAAAUCCCCCUUGUAUCGGAGCGAGUACGAUCGACUAGAAGCAUGAAGAAGGAUGAAGAUAAAAUUGCUGAAUCUGAGAGCGAAUCGAUAUCGUCGGUCAGCGUGCGGCGCAGCAAGAGGCAGUUGAAGUCGAUACUAAAGAACUCGAGCGACCAGAGCGUAGUGUACGACGCGCCCUCGUCGCGGCCCGAGAAGAGGCCGGCGCACACUUACAGCAACGCCGCCAGCACCAAGCGGAGCAGGCCCGACACUGCCUCCCCUGUUCCUCCGAAGCCCACCCUGGCCCUAGCUACCGGUUCCCAGCGCGUGCUGUUCACGGCCUUCGCCAACGAGGAGGUGCAAGCGAAACUGGAGAACUUAGGCGCGUCGAUAGUGUCGGACGUGUACAAGUGCACGGUGGUGCUGACAUUCCAGAUAAAGCGCACGUUCAAGUUGCUGUGCGCGGUGGGGCUGGGCCGGCCCGUGGUGGGGCCCGCCUGGGUGCAGGCCUGCGCAGACGCACGCGCCCUCGUCGAUCCAUGGUUGCACCUGUUGAAAGACGAGACGGCGGAGAGGCGCUUCAGGUUCAGCCUCCACAGGACGCUGACCGGGAAACGGAACUUCUUGAAACGUUACAACGUCUCCUCGACGCCCAGCGUCCUGCCCAGCGCCGCCGAGAUGAAGCUGAUCGUGGAGUGCUCGGGGGGCGCGUGGCGGGAGGGGGGACGGAACUGGGUGUGCGUCACGUCCGCAGCCGACAAACACCUGUGGCCUGAACUCAGGAGUCGAGGAGCGACCUUGGUCUCCACCGAGUUCAUCCUCGAGGGAGUGCUGCGACAGAGCGUUAAUAUAGCUGGAACUUCUAUAACCGUUAACGGUUAGGACUCUGUGUGUGCAACUUUAUAAAGAAAAAAAAUAGUGCAGGAAACUUUUUGUAUAGACAUUUGAAAAUCGAAACAAUUUUAAACCGAAAUCGGUGAUAAAAGACGUUUUAUCUUUAGUAGGUAGGCAGUGGCUUGGCUCUGCCCCUGGCAUUGCUGAAGUCCAUGGGUGACGGUAACCACUCACCAUCAGGUCUGCCAACAAGGGCAAUAAAAAAAAUAAAAAAACCAGUGUCGCUGUGAAAUUGAAUUAAGGCUAGAAUUAAGUCGAUUAGUCGGCUAUCGGUAUCGGUAAAUGAAAAACAGUCAGGAAAAGUUUUAUUCCAUUAUUUACUCCGAUACUAACGGGUGUGAUAUUCCAAGGUUUUAUUCAUUACAAAGUUUUUGAAGUUGAAACGACUGCGUCGUCGAUGAGUGAUAAAGUGUAAUUAAUAUUCAAGGAAUUUGAAAUGCAUUGAUUACGUUAUGUCAACAUUUGUAAAAUUACAGAGAUUCGGAUAAGAUUAUGUGAUCUACAAA